UGGAUAUUGGAUGCUAUGCGGAGGGCUGUUUGUUUACAAGGUCUUUAUUUGCUGUUGGUCUGUAUAUAAAGCCAAUUUAGGAAGCAUGAGUUUGAUUUGAAUUAUUGACACUAUUUCACAACCGAGUGACUUGAUUAACUUUCACAAAGCGUUAAAUAACUAACUAAGUAAUGCCCACUUACAAACAGGAAAUGCCUCCUCCUGGCGGUUUCGCUCCUAUUGAUGUCUCCAGAAAAAUUCCAAAACGUUAUUUACAUGGUCUUAUAACACUCGGUGCAUUGUAUGCCUCAACAUAUUUUGGUUUUAAAUUGCUCAAAUAUCAGAAAGCAGAACGCAAUAGAAUUGAAAGAGAAGAUCAAGAAUGUCGAAUUGCUCUUACCCCUUUCAUUAUAGCUGAACAAGAACGACUAUACUUGAAACAAUUACGAAAAAAUCGUGAAUACGAAGAGAAUUUAAUGGGAGAUGUUGCAGGUUGGAAAGUUGGUCACUGGUUCGACUAUCCAGUUUAUCAUAAUCCCCGAGGUUUAUGGUGUGAUCCGAGUUCAUGUGAAUUCUACGCUCAUGUUGCUAAUCGCGAUAAAGAUUUGAGACGUAAAGAACUGUACAAAUACAUUUAAGUUGUGCUGGUAGACAGAGGUUGGACGUAAUUUUUCUGAAGGACUGAUGAACUGAGUAGUAGUUAAAUAUUAACUAGACCAAAUACAAAUUUACUAUUAAGAUCACUUUUUUAUGUUGUUUUAUGAGUUUAACUCCGGUCAUAAAUGCUGAAUUCUUCAUUCUAACCCCUAGAUUCUGGUACACAGGUCAUUCCUUAAUGUUAUCUAUUUUCUGAUUGUUCAAAUGGGCCAAAAGCCUUCCAGGUUCGUUCAAAGCGUCAGUCAACUCACUUUUAGUUCAGCUUUAUCAGAUCAAAUUUUAUCCACCUAUAUAUUCAUUACUUUAUCGAUUCUUUAAAUAGACAUACAUAAAUUUUUUC